ACAAAACAGAACGAGAAAAAUGUAAAAUCUGGAGAAAACGUAUCGCCAUCGCAGGGUUAGUUUUGGCAUUGAAGAAAAGAUUAAGAUCUUCUCUCACUCGGCCCCUUCUUCAAGGAAACCCAACCUGUCUUUUCCUCCUAUCCCAAGUCUCAUAUCCUUUUUCAAAACCCUAACCAUCCAAUUCCAAUUCAAAUUCCAAUUCUCUGCUUCAAGUUUCUCCAAAUCCCCAUGCGCAUGCGCCAAUAACACAAAAUCCCUGAAGAUUUCUUAUUUUUUGGGUACUGGCGUUUCGCUUUGCCAAUUAGGGAUUCGGUUUCGGUGGUUGAAUCGCUUCUGGUGUUUCUAUGGCGAAGGGCACGGAUUCCGACGAGUUUGUGUUGCUUUCUAGGGUACGUACGGGUCUCAAGAGGGAGUUUGCAUUCGCCAUGAAGGCGCAAUCUGAGAUCUGCGGUUCUCUGGGUAGAACCCGUGCCAGCAAGAACCGGGGCGAGGUUCCGGUUCAGACUGCCACGGCCAGCAAGCGGUCCAGGAAGACCGGUUCGAUGGAGGAGGAGAAAGAUGAGGCGGCGACGAUGAAAAAUUUGGAGGAUGCAAUGAGCGAGGAAGAGGCGAAAAGUGAUGUGGUGGAUCUUCAGAGCGAUGACGAGCCUAAGAACCACGUGGGAGAAUCAGCACCAAUGCAGGUUUGCGAGGAUGGACCUAAGAGUGAUGUGGUGGUUGAAACUGUGAUCAAUGCAGAGCCUAUUGUGGUAGAGUCGCUGAAGGAAGAGGUUGUGGAUGAGAUGGUGCAACCUCUUUGUGAAACCGAGGUUAAAGAGGAGAUGGAGAAAGGCGAUGCAGAGGAAAAGGGUGCUGUUGAGGUUGCACCGGUUUUGGUUGAUGGUGAUGAUAAGGGGAGGAUAAUGCCGGCGGAGAAGAUGGUUUCCCUGCAGAGGCGGUUCACACGGUCCGCAUUGAAGCUGAAAACUGAGGAAACGAAUGUAGGUAAUGAUGGGGAACAUGCUAGUGACAUUGCAAUUGGAGUUGAUGGUAGUGUUAAGAAGGAAAUUGAUGAUUCGCCAUUGACAACUACUCCUACUCAGGGGAAAGUUACCAAGAGUAGGUUGAAGAAGUUCCCUACGAAGCUGAAGGACCUUCUGGCUACAGGGAUUCUUGAAGGUUUGUCAGUGAAGUAUGUUAGGGGAACGAAGGCGCGAAGACCUGGAGAAGCCGGGCUUCGAGGGGUGAUUAGAGACUCUGGGAUUUUGUGCUUUUGUGAUAAUUGUAACGGGGUUGAGGUUGUCACGCCCUCUGUGUUUGAGCUGCAUGCUGGUAGUGCAAAUAAACGUCCCCCAGAGUAUAUAUAUCUUGAGAAUGGAACUACACUCCGCGAUGUGAUGAAUGCCUGCUGUGGUUUCCCAUUGGACUCUCUGGAGGAAGCUGUCCAAAAGGUCCUUGGUGACUUUACUAUGAAGAAAUCUUCCAUCUGUUUGAACUGCAGAGAAGCUUGCAAGGGUAUGUCAAGACUAGUAUGUGAUUCAUGCAUGGAGUUGAAAGACUCUCAACCAAGUCCUUCUCAAACAGCUGCAGCAAGCAGCAAACGAGUUUCACAACCAGUUCAACCCAGAUUACCAGAACCAGUUUUGGUUCCAAAGACAUUAGACAAUGAGAUGCAUCCAAAUUCACUAAACAAUGGGAUGAAGCACAGCACGUCACGUAGUAAGAGUCAGGGAAGACUAACUAGGAAGGAUCUCCGCUUGCAUAAGUUGGUGUUUGAAGAAGAUGUUCUGCCAGAUGGAACUGAAGUAGCUUACUAUGCUCAUGGAAAGAAACUUUUGCUUGGAUACAAAAAAGGAUAUGGGAUUUUUUGUACCUGCUGUAGCUCUGAGGUCAGUGCCUCUCAGUUUGAAGCUCAUGCUGGCUGGGCAUCUCGACGCAAGCCAUACCUGCACAUCUACACAUCUAAUGGAGUUUCACUCCAUGAGUUGUCCAUCUCUUUAUCGAAAGAUCGGAGGUUUUCCACAAAUGAUAAUGAUGAUCUCUGCAGCAUAUGUGAAGAUGGAGGCGAUCUUUUGUGUUGUGAUGGAUGCCCAAGAGCUUUUCAUAUAGAUUGUGUCCCUCUACCAUGCAUUCCAAGUGGUACUUGGUAUUGUAAGUAUUGCCAGAAUCUUUUCCAGAAGGACAGGCAUGGAGAACAUAAUGUGAAUGCUCUGGCAGCUGGAAGAAUUGCAGGCACUGAUAUUUUGGAACAGAUAAACCGCAGAUGCAUUCGUGUUGUCAAAACUGUAGAGGUUGGCCAUGGUGGAUGUGCCUUGUGCAGUCGUCAUGAUUUCAGUAAAAGCUUUGGUCCGCGGACAGUAAUUAUUUGUGAUCAGUGUGAGAAAGAAUAUCAUGUUGGAUGUUUGAAGGAUCAUAACAUGCAGAACCUAGAGGAAUUGCCUGAGGGAAAUUGGUUCUGUAGCACAAAUUGCAGUCAAAUUCAUUCAGCUCUGACAAAUUUGGUGGCUUGUGGGGAGAAGAACAUCCCAGAUUCACUUCUAAGUUUGAUUAAAAAAAAGCAUGAAGAGAAAAGUUUAGACAUUGUAGACGGUCUUGAUAUUAAAUGGAGGGUUCUGAACUGGAAAUUAGAUACUUCUGUUGAGACUAGGAAAUUGCUUUCCAAGGCUGUUGCCAUUUUCCAUGAGAGGUUUGAUCCUAUAGUUGAUUCAUCCUCUGGUCGUGAUUUCAUUCCAACAAUGCUGUUUGGAAGGAACAUCCGGGGUCAAGAUUUUGGUGGAAUGUACUGUGUUGUGCUUACUGUGAAUGAGAUUGUGGUGUCUGCUGGAAUAUUUCGUGUCUUUGGGCCAGAAAUAGCAGAGCUUCCAUUAGUGGCAACAAUUGCUGAUUACCAAGGACAGGGUUAUUUUCAGUGCCUGUUUUCUUGCAUUGAAACGCUACUUGGAUCUUUAAGUGUAAGAAACCUUGUCCUACCAGCUGCUGAUGAAGCUGAAUCAAUAUGGACCAAUAAAUUUGGGUUUACAAAGUUAGGCCAAGAUGAGAUAAACAAUUAUAAGAAAUUUUAUCACAUGAUGAUUUUUCAAGGGACCUCAGUAUUACAGAAGCCUGUUUCUGCAGACUGAAGUACUUUUUACCUGGAGUUUGUGUAAAGUUUUUUGGAGGUCCAUAUGCAAUAGCCUUUUUUCUUGGUGGUUUUGUUGGGUGCAGAUCACACUCGUUUACCAUGUACAGGGAUCUGCCUUUUUUGAUGUACAUAAAAACAGAUAACCACCUCUAGCUGUUAUAAAAUUUUUAUAGCAAAGAAAUGAAAGGAGGUUAGAGUUGAGAAAUAGGGGAAACUAUUAGUGCAAAGGAUUUUGUGGAAGGUGCCAAAAUUUUGGUGUUAUAAAUUCAUUUAUUGUUGGCCACAGGCGUCUUGGAUCUAGUAAUAUCCUUUUCCUCACGUUUUUUUCCCCGUUGAGUCGGGUUUAUUUCUCGGCAUUAUCCUCUCUAAAUUUGCAACUUGGUUUUAUGUUUCGAUCGUUUCGUUGGGUUUAAGUGAUACGAAUUAAAUCUUGGUUGAG